AUUUCCGAAAUUGACAAAUUCGCCGGAUGCAGCCAAUUUCGGCCCUUUCAACGAAUCAAAAAAAAACAAUUUUGUCAAGAUAUUUUCCUUUUCAAAAUCUGUUAAAAGUUCGUUAAACUUGUUAUAGGAAGAGUCCUCUUCCUUAAAAAUUAUAACGAUCAGAUUAUUUACCGGAGCUGUAUCUACGCACCCGGUUUAUUUACCUUGCAGUCAUACCAUUUAUUCCCGUUAAUCUAAUAGGGAAAUAUAACAACAUUCUUUUACAUCGCCUUACUUGAUCUAUAUAGUUUUUUGAGCCUGUUCAAAUUGCUUUUCUACAAUUUCCAUAUUACUUGUCCUGGCGACAUUUUCUAAAAAACCGACGUGUCUAUAGACAAAUCGUUCUUUUUUUUUGCAAUUUGAACUUCACAUAUAAGUGUCAACGAAUGAGCAUAAACGAUAAAUACAUUGGGUUGACGUUAGCCGUCGCCUCCAGUCUGCUGAUUGGCACGUCUUUUAUUAUAACAAAAAAGGGACUAAUAGAUGCAAACGAUAGACAUGGGUUCGCUGGUGAUGAUCAUAGUUAUUUAAAAAACCCAAUUUGGUGGUUAGGAAUGGCAACAAUGGUUUUUGGAGAAUUGUUAAAUUUUGCGGCAUACUCCUUUGCGCCUGCCAUACUUGUAACACCUCUUGGUGCUCUUAGUGUUUUGAUUGGAGCUGUUUUGGCAUCAUUCUUUCUUAAAGAGAGUCUUGGGCGAAUAGGAACAGUUGGUUGUGGGUUAUGUUUAAUCGGAUCUAUCAUGAUAGUGCUUCACUCACCUGAAGAUAAAGAAAUUAAAACUGUCGACCAAAUUUUACAAUUUGCCCUUAAACCUGGAUUUUUAAUUUAUAUUGUAAUAGUCGGUUGUUAUACGGUUUUUGCUAUAUAUCAUAUUGUACCUAAAUAUGGCAGAAAAGAUCCCUUGGUGUAUCUUUCAAUUUGUUCAUUAGUUGGAUCAAUAUCAGUGAUGUCUUGUAAAGGAUUUGGCAUUGCAUUAAAGCUCACUUUUGCAGGCAAUAAUCAAUUAACUCAUCCAUCAACGUAUGUGUUUAUCAUCAUAUCUACUCUUUGCAUAUUAAUACAAAUGAAUUAUUUUAACAAAGCUUUAGAUCAAUUUGAAACUAAUAUAGUAAAUCCUAUAUAUUACGUAUUUUUUACAACAUCAACGAUUUUCGCAUCAGUUCUUCUUUUUCGAGGAUUUAAUACAGAGAGUAUGAAUGUUGUUAGCUUAUUUUGUGGAUUCCUUACAAUAUUUGCGGGAGUAUAUUUAUUAAAUACAGCAAAAAAUGAUGGACUUAGAUCAAUGCAAACUGGAACUGGGAUUUUAAGAUCAUCAAUAUCGGGAGAAGGACGCGAUUCUUUAAUGAGAACGAGAGAUGCGACUUUAUUCAAUGCUUUUGAUGAAGAAAAUCGCUUAGAAAACUUAGGAUUAACACAAUUAAAUGAUGACUCAACAGAUUCCGAAGAAGACUGAGAACAAUAAGGACAAUUAUAAGAUUUUAAUGAUAUAUACUAUUAUAAUUUUUCACACUUAGUAGGUUAAGAAUAUCAAUAAUUGCAGGGUAAUUUAACACUCCCUUUUGUUGUACAGUUAUUCUUGUAAAAGUAUAAAGUGAUUAUUGCUAAUUCAUAGAUGACUUUAAUAAUAUUUAUAAUAUUUUAAUCUACAAAGUUAAUUUUCGUAAUUAUCGUACGUGUUUGAGAUCGGCGGUUGCACGAAUACAUAUGCAUCGUAUUUAGAAAUUAGUAUAAUUGAAAUAAUGAAAUAAUUGAAAUUGAGAUAUUUUUAGAUCAUUAUAAUUAAUUUAGUUGUAAAUAGAUGAUAUUCUUGGCAGCCU